AUGUCAUCACAAACAACCCCUAUUUCUACCAAUCCACCUACACCAAGUGAAUACGAAAAUAUGACGGCGCUCCAAUCGGCUGUCUCUGCUCUUGCUUCAGCUCAUGCCGCGAGGUCACACUCGACUGAUGGCAACAAUAUCUCAAAUCAUAGAGAGUCAAAAAGAGUUGGUUCUAAACCUCCUCGACAACUUCAAUGUUUUAAUUGUGAAUCUAAUGGUGAAGAGGCUGCGCCGGAAGCAUCAAUUAAAUCACCUACAUCAACACCCACACCUUCAACACCUCUAUUUUCUGCGUUAAUAUCAAACGAAAACACUUCGCCACUAAUUAAUAUAAAUCCUCCACCUGUAUUACAGACAACCACACCUAUACCAUCACCUACCAUACCACCAGCAAGUUUGCCAUCGGCUCCGAUAAAUCCUUCAUCUAUUGCUGCUAUGGCUGAUAUACAAAUUCAAUGUGCAAAUUGUGGUCAAACUCAAACGCCUUUAUGGCGGAAGAAUGAUAAAGGACAACCACUUUGUAACGCAUGUGGUUUGUAUGCCAAGUUACAUAAUCGAGAUCGUCCAAUCGCAAUGCGUAAGUCUAAGAUUCAACGCAGGCGUCGUGAUUGGAAUAAAUAUGGUCAUAUCGAGGAUGGUCAUUCUACUGAAGAAACGAACGAUUCUUUACCUGGUUCGCAUUACGGUUCGCCGAAGGCGCCUAUGACAUUACACACAAUUCUUCCUAAUCAAAGGCCUAUAGCGCCGAUGACGAUGUCUCCAAGUCUCAUGGCUCCAGCUCUUUUAACUUUGGCAACUGCUGCCACUUGCCAACGUGAACAAAUAUUGUUGGAGGAGCAACGUAGACAACAAUUGCAUUUGGAAGAAGCUGCGGGUGGGCAAGAUCAGAAUUCUGCAAUUUCUGGAUAUAUAUCCGCUCCGUUUGACUAUAAUGACGAAUCAAAUUUUAAAUCUUUGGUAGAUCAAAUGUCUAAAAAACAGGUGGAAGAGGUCUUGAAGGUUUUGGAGAGACGGUGCGAAAUUUUGAAAAUGGCGUUGGGAGAAUAA